AUGUUAACGAUCACCGUGUUGGAUAUAUCAGCCCCCUGCGCUUUGCGCGUCUGCAAGCACUCACCCACCUGCUUCCACUUAGAGCUAUCAAACGUGCCUUUCGCUGCAAACCAGUCACAAUGUUCUUUUACAAUGUUUUUCAGAGAAUUUAGAGCUCACAGGGAGAAAGAGAAACAAGAUCUCAUCAAGAACCUAAAAAAUAUUGGAAAUGGAAGUGUCUGUCCUAUUCUGAAGCACACAAUCCCUUUUGGUAUCGCCUAUCACCACAGUGGCCUUACAAAUGAUGAAAGAAAAAGCAUAGAGGAAGCAUAUUCUGCAGGUGUCCUCUGUCUGCUUGCUUGCACAGCUACUUUAGCUGCUGGAGUCAACCUGCCAGCAAGAAGGAUUAUUCUUAGAGCUCCUUAUGUUGCUAAUGAGUUCCUGAAGAAGAACCAGUAUAAACAAAUGAUUGGCAGAGCUGGUCGAGCUGGUAUUGACAGCGCUGGAGAAAGUAUUCUCAUAGUGCAAGAAAAAGACAAACAUUUGGUUCAGGAUUUAAUUACUAGUCCUUUGGAGAACUGUUACAGCAAUCUUCUGCUGGAGUUGACCAAGGGAAUGCAGAGCCUGCUGUUGUCUUUAGUUGGACUGAAGAUAGCAGUCACCCCUGAGGAAGUCAACAACUUUAUGUGCAGUACAUUACUGGGAGUUCAGCGGGAGCUGCUGUCCAAAGACAAGAGCCUCUCAGAGAUAAUUAAAGAUGGACUAGAAAAUCUAAUAGAAAAAGGACUGCUAAAAGGAAGGAUAUCUGAGGAGGACCACAAUUCCAAAUGUACACUAACAAUCACACCGUUGGGUAAAGCUACAUACAAAGGAUCUGUAGACUUGGCAUACUGCAAUCUUCUUUACAGAGAACUAAAGAAAGGUUUGGAAGGACUGGUUCUUGAGAGCAAUCUUCAUCUUCUGUAUCUGACAACUCCAUAUGAUAUGACAUUUAGCUGUAACCCAGACUGGAUGAUAUACUUGAGACAGUUCAACCAGCUGAGCGCAGCAGAGCAAAAAGUAGUGGACAUUUUGGGAGUACCUGAGAGCUUUAUUAUAAAAAAAGCUUCUGGUCAAGCCAUCAGAAAGAAUGUGGACAGUGCUGUGGUAAACAGGCUUUACCUGUCAUUUAUUCUUUAUACCCUACUGAAAGAGACCAAUAUGUGGAGUGUUUCAGAGAAAUUUAAUAUGUCUCGAGGACAUGUGCAAAAUCUCCUUAAUUCUGCUGCCUCAUUUGCGUCCUGUGUUCUACAUUUCUGUGAGGAAUUGGAAGAAUUCUGGGUUUAUAAAGCCUUGCUGACAGAACUUACCAAGCAGUUGACGUACUGUGUUAAGACAGAGCUCAUCCCUCUGAUGGAGGUAGCAGGGGUUCUAGAGGCACGAGCGAAGCAGCUUUAUAAUGCAGGGUACAAAACUUUAGCGCACUUGGCUAAUGCAAAUCCAGAAACUCUGGUCAAGACGAUUGAGCGUUUGUCACGGCGUCAAGCCAAGCAAAUUGUUUCAUCUGCAAAGAUGCUGCUGAGUGAAAAAGCUGAGGCUUUACAAGAAGAAGUUGAAGAACUCUUAAAGGUGCCUGCAGAUGUCCCAGGGACCCACUGA